CUCUCUCUCUCAAGCCUAUACAGAGGAGAGGAGAUAUAUACACAGUUUGUAUGUACGUAUCCGUAUAUGUAGAAACCAGUAGUAGUACUAUAAAAUGAUUAGUAUAUACAGCAGUUCUUCAAAGUUUUGAGCGGGAAAAUUUGUGAAGCCAUGGUGGUUGCGGCGACCACUGCCGAUUCUUCUUCUUCGUCUUCUUCUUCUUCUUCCCAAUCCUCCACCUGCUUUCGUGAACUUGACCAUGUCUUCUUGCAGACUCAAACAAGAAUAUGGCUUGGAGAAGUCCUGCACACAAGAUUGGAUGGCCAGCUGAAUAUUUCUGAUUUACUUGCUGAUGGGGAACUGCUGUUUGAAGUUUCCAAAAUAAUAUGGACAAUGUUGUUGGCAAAGUGCAAGGAGCUAAGGCACUUAAAAGGCUAUAAACAUAAUCCCAUUGGUUCAUGGAAGAGCAGCGGCAGAUAUAGGCCUUACUCUAAUGUUGACUCAUUUUUGAAGAUAUGCAGAAUUUUGGGAUUGAGUUGCAUUGAUCUCUUCUCCCCUUCAGAUGUUGUUGAGAAAAGAGAUACUCGAAAAGUUUGUAUUUGCAUUCGUUCCCUCUCAAGGAAAGCCAGGUCUAAGCAAUUAAAUGUGCCCGAUUUUGAUAUUGUUACCUAUCCAGUAACAAUGCCCACCAAUAUGGUUGGAUGCCUGCGAAGAAGUUUGGAACUCUCAAACCGCAGCUUUACAAGUUCAGCUAAUUACACUCCCUUCAGACCAUCGAAAUUAAAAUUUCGGCAGGAAAAUUCAUUUGAUGAUUGUUAUUCUGAAGCAUCUGAUGAUACGGCAAACACUUAUAUGGGAGUUCCAUCUUAUAGCUCAUCAACAAACUGUAAUUAUGAUUCUGUUCCACUUAAAGAUGCAGAUUUAGAGAAUUCUCUCGGAGUAUCUUCAGUGAUAAAGAAGCAUACUUCAGAAUUAGGGGCAUCACAAGGUGAUAAUAAAGACCAAAAAGGCAAUGAAUAUGGAGGGCACCGUAAAUUAUCUUGUUUAGCAGAACCAGCAAUACAGGUUGAGAGUGAUCCACUGGACAACAGUAAGUCAUCCCGUAGUGUCGAUUCUCAACUGAGAUCAUGUAUUAGGGUUUCGCAUAUAAAUAAGCGAGGAAGGUAUAGGCAUAAAAUAGGUGGACUGGACCUCAGUGAAGUUGAUUCUGGCAGUAGAAAUGAUGAGUCUAUCAUGUGGGAUUCUCUGGAUGAUAAUAUGGAAGAAAGAUUUUGUACAUCCCAUCAGUUGCAAUUUCCAGAUGUGGUUGUCUUUGGAACUGAUUACAGUUAUCCUGUUGUAUUUGAUGAAGAAGACAGCGUUUUUAGUUUGCUAUGGGAUACUGAUUCAUAUGGAUUAAACUCAACUGGAAGGAAUUCACGAAGUGGAUAUGGAAGGAGAUUAUCUGAUGAUUUUGAAGAUGUGGAAGUGUCCUCUGUCACCAGCAUGAGCUCUUUAGUACUUCGAGUGCUGAACUUGGAGUUCGAUGAUCAAUUUGAUGCGGACGAUUUGAGAAGUGCCAAUGUUGACAGUAUUUACUUUCAGAAUUGUGAGGCUGACAACAGCCUGGACAGGGGUUCAACAGGGGCAUGUGAAAUACAGGACGUGGCCAAGGAUGAAAACACCAUGCAUGGUUUAGUUUCUGAAAUCUCCCAUCUUGAAACAAAACUCUGGAACUUCAGCUUUUCUACACACCCCAUGGACUAUCAAGAACAUGUACGUUCAUUUAAUAAUGAAGUUGGUGUAUCUGAAAUGGAUUUAUUAGAGGUCCUGCCCUUGAAGCAUACCCAGUUUUUUGUACCAGACAAUGCCAAGGAGGUAAAUGGUGGUGUGACCAUGGUUGAAUUGGAUUCGGUCAUUACAGCACGUCAGAGCAAUUGUCUUCCAGUAGCUUGCAGUAGCAUUAUUAGGGAUGGAAGGUAUGAUGAUUCAACUGCUUCAAGCCAUGGAGUUCUUGUUAAAGGGGAUGAACGCCACAGGCUAAGCAACGCGGAUGAUGAAGGUGGACUAAAGCAUCAUUCUGUAUCAAUUCAAAAUAUAAAUAGCCUAGGUACUCUGACACCUUACAUGGUCGCUGUAGAUAACCAUACUGUUGAUCAUAAUUUUGUCAAAUGUCAACCUGCAUCUGAAAAGCAUCUGUGCUCAAAAAGGGAAUGUUCAGAUACCAUAGGUAGAAAAGAUCGAGCAUCUCCAGAACGCGAUGAGGAUCUUCAUUAUUGUGAAGAACAUAGCAGUAAGGACAAGAUUAAGAGUGACAUUAUAGAUGAUCUGGCUGAAGUUUCAGAAAGGAGAGAGGCUGCAAAUCCAAGUCCAUCACCAGGCAUGCCCCACAGAAGGCCACUGCUGAAGACAGUUGUGAGAGGCACAGCUCUGUUUGGCAUGCUGUUUCUCUUGCUUCAUCUCAGCCAUCCAUUAUCGGUUCUCGCUGUUACUAUGGUUGUUGAUGCCACUGGAUUCACUGCAGGUGUAGAAACGGCAGAGAGAAGGGAGGUAAAGUCAGCAAGAAAUUGAGUCAGGUUCAAACAGCAGAUAGCAUGGAGCGUAGACCAAGGAAAGAGCAACAGGGAAGUAGAGUAAACGGGUUCUAUCCCGCUGGAAAGUUAAAAUUUGGGAAUUAGAUCCAGUUCUCGAUGAUUAAUCAAAGAAACCAAUACACAUGUUUAAUCUUUUGACACAUUUCUAUAUACAAUUAGUCAGUUCUCUUCAGGCAAAGAAAAGGGACAUUGCGUUAUACAACUCGAAGAGGAAAAACAGAAUUAGUCAUUGUUGUGGCGGAGGAAUCCUGUUUAGGGCAAAUGUUUGUAGCUAUUUUCACAUGGUAAAUAUUUUUGGCUAUGUACGAUUGUGGAUGCAGAAUGUUGUAAACCUUACGGGAUGCAAUUUAUCCAGUGCCCUUUGUGAUUUGUAAGGAGAAGAAACUAGUACAGGGAAAAUAGGAAGAGAAAUAAAGUAGACAUAUUUUCUU